UUCUGGUCCACUCAUUCACUUUUUGCCUGGCGACUGUCCUGGGGGCACCAACGGCUGGGAAACCGUCCUCGCGUUUCAUUCGGCGAAGGUGUUUUGCCCCCCAGGACGUGCUAUAUUUGGCCCGGCGAUUGUCCUGGGGGGCUCCAACGGCUGGAGAUGCUCUAAUUCAUUGUAUUUGCAUGUUUCCAGCAGCGAUGUAUCAAAAAAAGCUUCAGCUUUGGGUUGUUGAUUUAGCAGCAUCAAUCAUUAAUUGUUCUGCUAUAUAUGUUCUUAACCAUGACAACCUGAUUAGGCUCUUAGUUUAUUAUGGUCUUUGUUCUGGGUGGAUCUCUGACUAUUCUAGGUUGCUCCGAUGAGGACAAGCUGCUUCUGCAGUUGGACGGGCCCUCAAGGCUGCUCUGCCUAUUCCUCCUGCUACCCCCACACGUGGGAACACAAAGCCGUCGAUGCAUUGAGGGCUCAGUGUCGUCUCCGCCGGCUGAGCGGCAAGCCGGGGUUGGGCUUGCACACCGUCUAUCAGCACCCUCCCGCGUCUCCAUUCACGGAUCUGCAGUUCUGGGGCUAGGCAACCUUGAAUCCAACGUCCACCUGCAGGCUACAUCUCAGAAAACUCAUGAACAUCAUGGCGCCUUGUUGAUGGGGUGAUCAAUAGCUACUAUAUUGGGACCCUGCACUUAAAUUGGGAAAUUGCAAAGCAUAUUAUGAAUUGUUACAAGAAACUAUUUCCGCUGUUUUGGUGCAAGGAUGUUGCUUUUUAGUAUGCUUCCCGUAUCUUGGUAUCUUGGAAUAAUAAACAGAUAGAUGUCGUGUACCAAGAUUGUUCCUUGUUGUUAAGAGGGAUACAAAUAUUAUACAAGAAUUUUUCUGAUGACUCCUAAAGCAUAUUUGGAUAUACAGCAAAGUAUAUUGUCGCUUCCCUGUUAGUAAAACGAUUAUGUUAGAAAUUUGGUUGGCAGCCCCUACAUUUGGCUGAUUGCUAGCUGACUGGAUUACUCAUGUUUGCGGACUCUGGUAACUUAUGCCUACCAAGAACUACAUGAAUUUUGUGUCUUGCUGCAGUGAACAUUACCAAACUAAUUCUAAAGGUGUUAUAAUCAUGUUUUCUUUUGCAUUAUCAACUUUUAACUUUUGUCAUUUGUUAACACAUUCCUUUUGCAUUAUCAACUUUUAACUAUUGUCAUUUGUUAACAUGAUUAUUUAGCAUGUUCACUAUGCGAGUACUCCCUCCGUCCGAAAAUACUUGUCAUCAAAAUAGAUAAAAAGGAAUGUAUCUAGAACUAAUAUACAUCUAAAUACAUCUCCUUUUAUUCAUUUUGGUGACAAGUAUUUCCGGACGGAGGGAGUAGUAAUAAUAGGAGCUAUUUAUGUGCCAGAUAACUAACACUAUUCAUAAGGCAUAAGGGUUAGAAAAAGAACUGUAUUCUUGCUGUGUUGAUUUUCGUAUGGCACACUAUGGAUUCUUUGUGUAACACAUAAUGUCGAUCAACAUGUGUUUACAACGCAGGGAGGAGCCGGGCGACAAGGCAGUCAGACCAAACUCUCUAUCCAUAUAUAUAGGUAGUCUGAUGUUAUGCCAUAGCCGAACCAUAUAUGUUUCGUGUACUGCUCUAUCAAUCUCUUUUGGUAUAUUAGACUCUAUCCUUUGUAAUGAACUUAUUG